AAAUCCACCCGCUCUCAUCAGGGAGCCCACGGGAGAAAUGUGUCCAUUAUGGUCGCCGCUUUCAGAGAAACAAAAACUUUGGCAUAGAACCAUAGAUUUGGAAGGGGUUCCGAGGGUCAUCUAGUCCAACCCCCUACUGUUAAGUUGUGGGUGAACAUAUCAGACGACACGGCGAUUCUUCAAACAGCUCUUGUUUAUUCAUAGGCCAGAACAGAACUGAACUGAAGGGUUCAGCCAGCCUGCUUAUAUAGAGCUCCAGUACAACGUUACUGUAACAACUUUCUAAAACUAUCCAAUCACUGAACGUCACUUUCAAUCCCUUAUUUGCAUAACUAUCUACAGUAUCCCCCUGCUGGCCCAGGGUGAGAACUUCAGUACAUAACACCUACAAUGCAGGAAUGUUUGGCCCACAACCCUGAGAUUAAGAGUGAGUCGUGCUUUGCUGACUGAGCUAUCCCAGCUGAAUCACCGUGGUAAAAGCAUGAGACUCUUAAUUUCAGGGUUGUGGGGUGUAAAACCACGGCAAACGGCACUUAAGCCAAUUCUGAGAUAUGUUUCAGAAACUUGGAGGAAGUUGAAUCCAGAUGGCAGCUUGAGAUGAACUCAGGAGAGAGGCACCCGACCAAACGAUAGCAGAACCAGGGCAGAGAUGCACCCAGCCCUGUUUACAAAGCUUGUUUAAAUAAAGGAGUGUAGCACGGCGCGAGCACACGUAUUUUCUCAGUGCGUGACACCAGCGCAUAGGAGCGUGCUAGACUUUGGCAAGAAGGGCGCACGCCAAAUUAAUAUUCCACCUUUCCCCCAGAACCUGGGACUCAAGGUGGCUCACAGAAAUUGAAACCAACCCCGAUAAAAUGCAGAAAGCUAAAAACGUAUAAAAGAUAAUAGUUGAAAAAAGUUCGAUCAACAGAACUGGCACUACUGUUACGCCACAUAAUUCCCGUUCCGAGUUUAUAGGAACUUGUUAACUUUGGAGCUACCUGCCUAUUGAGAUCAAUCACGUGCUUUCACUGUACUCUUUUCGGUGCCUACCAGAAACCUUUUUUGCUUUGACAAGCCUACCUAGAUGCAUAGGAAGUUGGAGGUAAUAUUAGUCGGUUUUAGUAUUUUAACUUUUGUAUGUUUUAAGUCGGGUUAUGAAUUUUUCUCGUUUUUAUUCUAUCUUUGAGGGUGGUGGUUGUUUUCAAUCAAGCGGUGUAUAGAUCUCACGAAAUAAAUAAAAAACUACUUAAACAUUUGGAACAAAAAGCAGAUUUUGCCAGAAAAUGCAGGCGGUGGUUGCCUGGGCACUCAGGUGAAAAUUAUGGCAAGCAGUGGAUAUGUGGGAGUCCGGACAAAGUCUGGAAACCAAACGCCAUCUAGAAACCAGAUCACUUCAUUUUCAACUUCCAAAUCUGGAUUCCAGCAAUGCCUUUCUUAAUCUGGUUCAACCUGCUGCUGCUCUCCCCGAAUGUUGGCGCUUCGAAGACUUGCUUCCCAGGGUGCCACUGUGAAGUGGAGAGCUUUGGUCUCUUCGACAGCUUCAGCCUAACCAAGGUGGACUGCAGUGGGAUCGGGCCCCAUAUCGCGCCUGUCCCCAUUCCUCUGGACACGACCUACUUGGAUUUAUCGUCAAACAACCUGGACUCCAUCAACGAGUCCAUGUUGACCGGCCCCGGAUAUACCACGCUGGUUAGUUUGGACUUGAGCUACAAUAAGAUCUCCAGGAUCUUUCCCAGCACUUUCUCCAGACUCCGCUAUCUGGAAUCUUUAGAUCUGAGUCACAACUCUUUGGUGGCCCUUCCGGACGAAUGCUUCUCAGGGUCGCUUUUGGGGGAUGUCGACCUCAGCAACAACUUCAUCCUGGACAUCACCACCAACAUCUUUGCAUCCAAAGGUCAAGGAAAGCCUAUCAACGUGGACCUCUCCAACAACUUGAUCAGUCUCGUCUCGAGACACCAGGGCAAAGCCAUUCCCAACAUCCAAAGCUUAAACCUGUCCGGAAACAGGUUGAAGAGGAUCCCCGACCUUCAAGGAAUCCCUCUCCGGUUCCUCAACCUUGACGGGAACCCAGUGGCGGCCAUUGAGAAAGGGGCUUUUCAGGGGCUGAAGGAUUUGAUCCACCUGUCUCUCAGUGGGAUUCCCGACCUGGCGGAGAUUUCGCCCUACGCCUUCCAAGACCUGCCAGCUCUCCAAGCGCUUGAUUUGUCCAACAACCCCAACGUCAAAUCCUUGAACGCGGAGGUUUUCUACAGCCUCAACUUUUUGCAGGAGCUCAACCUGUCUGGCACAGGGGUGGCGAACUCCGUAUCGAAAACGAUGCUGAAAUUUCUGCCUUCCAUCAAAAGCAUCACCCUCGGGCAGGAUGUCAAGUGCAUUAAGACGAUCCGGGAAGGCCAGUACCACAGACAGACCGGGCUGACCAAGAAAGAGAUUCUAAGUUGUCACGACAGCCAUGGGUCAGUAGCAGCAGCGCCCUAUGCUUUGUGACAAGGGUCAAGGAGUUUGUGUGGAUGCCUGGACUUCAAUAAGCCUCAAAUGUGCCUUCUGUAAAAACUGUUAAUUUAUAUAUUUUGUAUAAUUCAAUACUUGAUUACAAUGACUGAUUGGA